GAAAAAACAACAUCAGCUCAAAACACAAAACACCGAAACAUAUGAUCACUUAUUUUUACCACAAUUUAUUUGACACUUAAUCACUGGUUUUGCCGACUAAUAAAUUGAACACCAAUUGUGUUAACACUACAGUCAACCCCGGGUUUAACAGUCACCGGACAUCGCGAACUCUGUGUCGUGCGAUAUGUAUGAACUCUGGGUCACCGUUCGAACGGUACUGUACUUAAGGUUUCGAUCGGUUCUGAAGUGGUUUUUGCGUAAAACCACGAAACUAUGUGAAUUACAGAGACUUUGUUACGCGAACAAUGUGGGCGCUAAACGCACCAAGGGUGUUGAGUACUCGAUAUGCAUGAGCCAAUCGCAAGUGUUGCGUAAGAUUAACGUAGAGUUGAGUCGUUUGGCUGAACAACAAUUGUUGACUAAUAAGUGGAUUUUAUUCGAGAAGGCCAUCGACGCCACCGCCACUGAUAAACGCAUUGACACUAAAGUUCACAUCGAGUUUGUUUUUUGAACAUUAUUUUUACCAUAAUUCACAGCCUA